AUGGAGGCUGGAGGUGACACUACUGCCCCACCCCCUGGGGACGUGGAGGACUUGGAGGACACUCGGUUUCCCAGUGAGGUGGCAGGAGACGGUGGAGGGCUUCGCGAAGACCCACCGGAUCCUGGAGACGGGGACCAGGAGGAAACAGAAUCCGAGACAAAGGACCAGCCACCCAGCCUGCUGUCACCACUGCCCCAGUCAGCGGCCCCAUCAUGCACCUGUGGGCUCUGGGAUCCUGCAGUCUCUGAGAAUAGUCCCACAGGUGGCCCUGAGAGUGGCUCUGGGGGCCAGGGCGGGGACCCCAGUGACGAGGACUGGCGCAGCAAGCGGAAGCACGUGUUUGUGCUGAGCGAGGCAGGCAAGCCCAUCUACUCGAGGUACGGCAGUGUGGAGGCACUGUCCACGACCAUGGGCGUGAUGACAGCCCUCGUGUCCUUCGUGCAGAGUGCAGGAGAUGCCAUCCGUGCCAUCUACGCCGAGGACCACAAGCUGGUGUUCCUACAGCAGGGCCCACUGCUGCUGGUGGCCGUGUCAAGGACUCCGCAGUCGGCAGCCCAGCUGCGGGGGGAGCUGCUGGCUGUGCACGCACAGAUAGUGAGCACGCUGACACGCGCAAGCGUCGCCCGCAUCUUCGCGCGCAAGCAGAACUACGACCUCCGCCGCCUGCUGGCCGGUUCAGAGCGCACGCUGGACCGGCUUCUGGACAGCGUGGAACGCGACCCCGGUGCCCUGCUCCUGGGCGCGGUGCGCUGCGUGCCCCUGGCGCGCCCACUGCGGGAAGCACUGGGCGCGCUGCUGCGCCGCUGCACGGCACCCGGCCUGGCGCUGUCCGUGCUGGCGAUCGGAGGGCGACUGGUGACGGCAGCUCAGGAGCGGACCGUGCUGGCCGAGUGCCGCCUGGACCCGGCCGACCUCCAAUUGCUGCUCGACUGGGUGGGGGCGCCGGCCUUUGCGGCAGGAGAGGCAUGGGCGCCUGUGUGCCUGCCCCGCUUCAACCCCGAUGGCUUCUUCUACGCCUACGUGGCUCGCCUGGAUGCCAUGCCUGUCUGCCUGCUGUUGCUGGGCACCGACCCUGAGGCCUUCCAUGACAUGGCCACCUGCCGGCGCCUGGUGGAAGAGGGCAUGCACACCCUCGGGGCCACGCGUGUCCUCCGGGAGGCUGCCAGCUUCUCUAGUGCCCCAGCAAGCAGUGCCCCUGCCUACAGUGUGCAGGCUGUGGGGGCACCCGGCCUCCGCCACUUCCUCUAUAAGCCGCUGGAUAUCCCCGACCAUCACCGCCAGCUGCCUCAGUUUACCAGCCCUGAGCUGGAGGCCCCGUACGGCAGGGAAGAGGAACGGCAGCGCCUGUCGGACCUGUACCACCGCCUGCACGCGCGCCUUCACAGCUCCUCCAGACCCCUGCGCCUCAUUUACCACGUGGCCGAGAGGGAGACGCUGCUGGCCUGGGUGACUUCCAAAUUUGAACUCUAUACCUGCCUCAGCCCCCUGGUGACCAAGGCUGGUGCCAUCUUGGUAGUGACCAAACUCCUGCGCUGGGUGAAGAAAGAGGAGGACCGGCUCUUCAUUCGUUACCCACCCAAGUACUCCACACCCCCAGCAGCCCCAGCUGCCUCUACAGACCAACCUUCCCAUAAUGGCUUGUUCACUGGACCUUGA